AUGAUAGCCACCAUCACUUUAAUUCCGGCUCCGGUGGACACUGAAGGCGAUGAUCGGUAUGUGUGGCGUCAUGGGGAGGACAAGUACAAACCGUGUUUCUCAAGUGUCAAAACGUGGGAGCAGAUUCGAAUGCAGCAUCCUACCGUAGCUUGGAGCAAGAUUGUAUGGUUCCCACAUGCCAUCCCUCGGUUCUCUUUCAUUACUUGGCUGACACUCAAGGAUAGAUUGUCCACGGGAGCCAGAAGUAGGGCCUGGGGAUGCAUCCAGGCAUGCCUUCUAUGCGGAGAACCAGAUGAAACUCGAGAUCACUUGUUCUUUGCGUGUCCCUACUAUUUCACGGUCUGGAUUGAUCUGGUGGGGUACCUCUUAGGGUCUCAUGUGAACCCUAACUGGUCUAUCACCAUCGCAUCUCUUCUUUCUUCUCGUCGCAAGGAGAUCGAUACUUGUCUCCUAAAACUUACUUUCCAGACCACGAUAUACAGCUUGUGGAGGGAGAGGAAUAGUCGACGGCACCAAGGCCACCCACAGAGCGCUGCUCACAUGGUUCGUAUCAUCAACAAGCUCAUCAAGAAUAGGAUCUCCUCCCUGCGUCACCGGCGCCCAUCUUUCUACAGCGAUAUGAUGCAGUGUUGGAUGGGACACACCACGUAG